AUGGCCACAUCUAGAGUCACUGGCUCCAUGUCCAAAUGGACACCAGUAAUGAAUGAUGUCCCUCAAGGUGUCCCACAGAUACUAUUUAAUGUCUUCAUCAGUGGUCCAGACAGUGAGAUUGAGUGCACCCUCAGCAAGUUUGCAGAUGAACCAAAGUUAGCUAUAAGCAAAGAAGAUGCUAUGAUUCCACUGGAGAGUGUUGAGAAGCUGUUGGUGAGAAGCAACAACCUUUCUGACAAGAUCACAGUUCUGUGUGGAAAAAUUGAAGAGAUCUCCCUGGCUGAGAAUGUUGAUGUGGUAAUUUCUGAACCAAUGGGUUAUAUGCUGUUCAAUGAAAGGAUGUUGGAAAGUUACCUCCAUUCCAAAAAAUGGCUGAAGUCAAAUGGAAUUAUGUUCCCAACAUACAGUGACAUUUAUUUGGCUCCUUUUUCCGAUGAGCUGCUGUACAUGGAACACUACUCCAGAGCCAAUUUUUGGUACCAAGAGUGUUUUUGUGGGGUCAACCUGUCCAGUCUGCACAGUGCAGCUGUGGAUGAGUAUUUCCGACAACCUAUUGUGGACACUUUUGAUGUGAGAAUUCUGAUGGCCCAGACAGUGAAGUACACUGUUAACUUCAUGGAAGCUGCUGAGGAAGAUUUGCGUAGAGUGGAAAUCCCUUUUGUUUUCCAAAUGGUGCAGUCAGGAUUAAUCCAUGGUCUGGCCUUCUGGUUUGAUGUGGCAUUUGUAGGAUCACUGGUAACUGUUUGGUUGUCCACUGCGCCGACAGAACCUGUCACUCACUGGUAUCAAGUACGCUGCCUUCUUCAGAGGCCUCUCUUUGCUAAAGAAGGGGAAACUCUCUCAGGGAAAGUCUUACUUGUUGCCAAUAAGCGACAAAGUUACGAUAUUCAGAUUGUGGCUGUGGUGGACCAGACGGGAUUUAAAUCUGAUAACAUUCUUGAUUUAAAGAAUCCAUUUUUGAGGUAA